AUGGCGCAACCAUCAACACAUGUCUCAGCUUGUCAGACGAGAGCAGAGAGGCAGAAAGACAUGGUGGAUCUUUUCAAAGCUUCGCUCGCCUUGGGUGCAUUUGCACGUCUGACACGCUCAUCAUUUCAGCAGGUGCUUCUGGACCGAAUCAAGCAUGCCGCUCUGCUCAAGGAGAAUUUCUCUGUUGCCAUAAUCUUCCCGCUUGGCACAGAGCCCGGAUCGUUCUAUCCGAACCUUCGUGGGGCGUACUGCUUUGAGCAAACGGUGGAGGAUUUCUGGAAGGUUCACGCACUGGAAUCGGACUGGCGCGACUACCUGUCCUUCUUCUUCUUGGCAAAUGCUGUUCGCGUUGAGAAGCAAUUCGGCGGCCCUGCUGCUGCUUUCUAUGGGAUCUUUACGCACACAAAGGCCAUGGUGGUUGAUGAUGAGAUUUCCUAUCUUGGUUCUGCCAACAUCAACGAUCGGUCUUUACUUGGCCGAGAUGCCGAGGUCGGGAUUACCACGUGGGGAGGCUCCUUUCCGAAGCAGUUACGCGAGACCCUUCUGAAGCACCAUACCGGCCCUGGCUUCGGCCAGAUCGAUGCAGCAAGGCUGGUGCCCUGCUUGCGUGCUCUCGCCGAGGGUAAUGCAGAGGAACUUCGGAAGACCAUGGGUAUUUCGUUUCCGCAGGGUUCCUUCAAAGACUCCAGAGGCACGCGUCAGCUUUUCGGAAUGGAGGACCUGUUGAACCAAACGCCAACCCAAAAGGCUGAGUUGCCCUACCCACGAUCGCGCGUUGUGGCCGGAGGCGGUGGCACGAGCCACUUUGAUUGGUUCCUCCUUCCCAAUGUUUCAAGGCCACCCGACUUGCGCGGACUCCUCUUUCCUUGGUCGAGGCAUAUUUGGGGCAUGCCUGCAGUGACGCAGAUC